UCUAGAGCUGAGGAGCGUGUCGAUACAUGAGAGUGUACAGGAGAGAGAAAGCGACGCAGAGUGUGUGUGUGGGUGUGGGUGUGAGUGUCACACACAAAACCAGACAUUCAUAACACAGCAAAACAGGAAGGAGACUAAAAGCUGCCAACAGUCACAUUAUGAUGAUACUUUGUGUGGAUUUAAAGGCCUCAGGAUUAAAAAAUCACCGGACUGUGAAGAAGAGGACGGAGCCUGGAGGACAGCAGAACAACUUUAAACUUUAAGUGCAAAAGGUGCAAAGUAGGUAAGUGUAAGGACUAAUUAAAAAUCUACCUGUCAGACACCUUCCACAGAGAAUGUUGUCCCGUCUGAUCACACUUGAAUGAUCAACACUGAGGGAGGAAGGUAAGACUCAAAGUCUCUUCUGGACCAUAAAACAACACAACAACAACAGUAAACAUGGAGGAGAUUCAGAUUGUGCUACGUAUGUGUAUAAAUGUGUAUAAACGCUCUUCAGCACAGUCGAUACUGAGCACUGCAAAUCCCACAAACAGUGCAAAGUACUAAAUGCACUACAGCCUAAACAUAUUUACAAACACAAGCCACCCAUCUCAAAGGUGCUCCUCCAAUAUUCCUUAUAAAGGUAUAAGUCCAAUUCAAUAGUGCAAACACUUCUAACACAAGACAUAGUGUGUCUUCCAUCUUUGUCACGGCCCAAGUACGAGGCUGUGACAGUACUUUUUCUUUGUUUUAAGCAGAAUGCAUGAAGCUAUGUUGUUCUCUGUGUUGUGAACGUAGAUCAUGGAGUCUGUGAGCACUAUGUCAGCACCAGCCAACCAAUCACAGUCCAACAACUCUUCACUGGCCUCGGAUCCAGAGCUCGUGCUGCUCGGUGUUGCAAUGGCCAUUCUGGUUCUGGCCAUAGUUUUUGGUAACGUCCUGGUGAUUACGGCCAUCCUGCGGUUCCAGCGGCUUCAGACUGUCACCAACCUCUUCAUUGCCUCUCUGGCUGUCGCUGACCUCAUCAUGGGCUUGGUUGUGGUGCCCUUUGGUUCCAGUUACAUCCUGCUGGAGCGCUGGCACUUUGGAAACUUCAUGUGUGAGUUUUGGACAGCGACGGACGUGCUGUGCGUGACAGCCAGUAUCGAAACACUGUGUGUGAUCGCUCUGGACCGCUACCUCGCCAUCACCUUGCCACUACGUUACCCAAUGCUGCUCACCAGGGGUCGGGCCUUGGCGGCGAUCUUCGGGGUGUGGGUAGUGGCCUCCCUCAUCUCCUUCCUGCCCAUCCAUCUGGAGUUGUGGGUGUCAGAGAAGACGGAAGCUUGGAAGUGCUUAGCCGACAUGUACUGCUGCGACUUCAACACCAAUGCGGCGUAUGCUGUGUCUUCCUCAAUUGUGUCAUUCUACCUGCCACUGGUUGUGAUGAUUUUCUUGUACGCCCGGGUGUUCCAGGAGGCCCAGAAACAGCUGGAGAAGAUCAGGGGGAGGGAAAGGCACUUCUACAACUUGCAUUACACCGCACAUCUGGCUGAUCCCGACGACAGUCCCGCAAUGAAUAAACUCAGGGUGGGAACUGAGGUGGUGGAACAAGCAGGAGAGGACAGCCUAAACAUGCAGAAACCAGGAGGUGUGGACACUGGGAAAGAAGAAAAGGGAGGAAAGAAUAGAGCACGGACAGAAAAAAUGGAAACAAAGCACUCUGCCACAAAGCGUCUAAAGUUCUGUCUUAAGGAGCACAAAGCCGUAAAAACUCUUGGGAUUAUCAUGGGAACAUUCACUCUGUGUUGGCUACCCUUCUUCAUCCUCAACAUCCUCAUGACCUUCCUCAACUUGGGCGACAUUAAGCUGCUCUUCAGACUCCUCAACUGGCUUGGAUACUCCAACUCAGCCUUCAACCCGCUCAUCUACUGCCGAAGCCCGGACUUCCGAUACGCCUUUCAGGAAAUACUCUGUUUAAGGGGCAAGUGGGGAGGCAGGGGAGGGAGGAGGGGAUGGGGAUGGGGAUGGAGCAGAGACAGAGAUUGCUUCUCGAAGGCCCCGGAUAGGAGGAAUGGGGAUUCAGACCUGAAUGGUGCUGGAGGGCUGGACGUUCACCAGAGGUCAGGAUGGGAGGGCAGUCUGGAGAGCUCUGUCAGAGACAGCCCGCUCACUCUGCCUCCUCUGACGUCUUCCUGCGAGCAGGUUUUAGAAGUCGCUCCAGGUUCUCUGACUAACCAACAGGCUAACGGCUCUGCUAACGGGAGCUGUAAGGAAAGCCUGGCUUCUAUUGCUUGACCAAAUAGCAUUUUAGAAUUCACAUUGAGCACUAAACACCAAGUCAAUGAAGCUGUGUUCGGAAAUACCCUGUUGAGUUUGUUUGUGUCAAUGUUACUGGGUUUUACUUGUGUUCACUGUUCAUCUUUGCUGCUUCACUUUUCCUAAUUAUAUUGUAGAUCACAACUACAGAGGCAAUCAUUUCUAUAAGGAGAUUCUGCAUAUUCACAUGCAGAGGGACAAGAUUUGGAGGCAGGAAGCCUUCUGGUUUCUGUUUCUAGUUUGACCAAUUACGUUUGAGUCGGCUUUGGUUGCCUGCAGGUAAACAGUCGGUGUGAAGAGCAACUAACAGAAACACUUCCGCUGUCACUUUUUUAAUUUAUCUGAAUUCAUAUGCCGAUAUCUAAUAGAGAUUAGGCAAAAUGUCCGAAAAUACCUACAAAAGCUAUCGCAGUUAGUGUUUUCUGUGGAGAAACAUUUGAUGAAAGAAACUAGUUGGACUGUUAUCAGUGUACAAUGAACGGAGGAUGGACUCUUGGCCUGGAUAUCAGCUGUCUACACUGGCAGCCCAAAAAUAUUAUGAUGGGCUCUGAGAUGGCAAAGGCAACUACUCAGGUAAACAACGCAGAAAAAUGCUCAGACUUAAACUUUUAAGGCAUCUUACAUAAAGAAAGUGCAUGUGAAACCAAACAAUAGGAGCUUCACCAAACAGGUUUAUCAUUGGAAGAUGUUUCUGUUGUUUUGUUCAAAGUUCAGAGUAUCUUUAUUGUCCCAUUCAGGGAAAUUGAUUUGCAGCCAGGAUCGUACAAACUGUAAAAACACAGACACACACACACACACACACACACACACACACACACACACACACACACACACACACACACACACACACACAAGACACAAAACACCUACAUACUGGUGGACAACAGACAGAAAGAUCAGGACAUGUAGUUUACUGAGUGGUUCAGAGUCAAAGCACCAAUAAAUGGUUCAUCCCGUCUUUAUAGGAAAUGGAGAACAGAAAGUCAGUGUUAUAAUGGACUUCAUAUGAAAUGCUCCUGAAAUACAGGACACAUAAGUUGUUGCAUGUAUGAUGGUAAAUAAAUAGAAAGCCUUUAAUAACUGCUGCAUAAUAAAAUAACAAAAAUAUCAAGAAUGAAAAUACAUUUUAUGCUCUUGCAUUCCACAAUGUUCAUUUAUUGAAAACAGUCUUUGUCAGUUUGGAUAACUGAGAUUCAUAUGAAAACAUGUUUAUUCUGCACUUUCUUAAAGCCCCUGACAACCUGUCUUCAAAGUUUAAUAUAGACUAAAAAGGCAACAAUCCUAAUGAAACCAUAUAUUGUUUACGACAGAGAGUCUCAAUUUGUUCAGCCAAGGAAGGCCUACAAAAAAAAACAUAUUCUGGGGUUCCCCUUGGAAUAAUUUGACAUAUUUAUAUGAAAGAAAAACACAAGAGAAAUUUCCUGGAAAAGUACUAGACAUGUAUUAAAAAUAGUUUCACCAUGUCAACACAGAAAUCAUGGUAAUUUUUAGGAAUCUGGAAACUUAUUCCCCCUGGCAGUGUGGCACAGACUUUUUUUAAACUACUGAUUUACUAUGAGAUAGAAACUCAGCUGAUCUGUGUCGAUCGAUUGAUCCGAUUAAACACACACGCACACAGAGUACUAGUAUAGCACAUAAAAUGGAGUUUUCUUAGGAUCACAUCAUUCACAGUAAGAACCUGAUGGAGAAAAAAGGUUUCAGGGCCUUUAAGUUGAGUAAAUAUACAUGUUCAUGAAAAAAAAAAUCUAUAUAAAUGUAUAAUGGCUCAUACAUAUACUACCUGCGGCCAAGCUGCCACCUCACUGAAGUCCAAACACACUGUUGCCAUAUCAGGCCAAAUUCACAAAAUUAUUAUUUUCCUCAUAAAAGGCAGGAAGCUUAAAUUCAGCCCAACAUUUACAAUGCUAAUAACUUUCUCGGCCAACAACUGAAGUGCAAGCUGAUCAUCCAAACAGAACCUCCACAGAGCGGAGAAAAACUACUACAUUGUGUUUGCCCUGUGGCUAAAAGUCUUAUUUGAAAGAGAGGGUCACGUUCAAUCUCACUUACAACUGUACAAUAACCAACCUCUGACUAUCAAAAAACGGUCCGCCUGUUUUUCAUUCCUUCCUGAUAAACCUCAUGGCUGCACGGUCCAAAAUCAUUUACUGGUGUGUAUCUAUGUGUCAGAUAAACAUCUGAGAGCCAAACCUGUCUCUAUCAUAACUGUUCUUUCUCUCCCUGUAUUCUGUGUAUCUGUUGGGUCUAUUUGUCUCUCUCUCUGUCUCCAAACCUCAUCGUUAUCUUUCGACUCGUUAAUCCUAUCUGCUGUAGCUCUUUUCUAGUAACAACUUUAUUAUCUGUCAGACAGUGCUCCGGAGAUAAUUUGUUUGUAGUGGUAUCUGUUUCCAUAACAUCAUCAGAUACACUCUCUGUAAAGACAUAAUAAUCAGAUGACACAUACUUUUGGUUUACUUUUACAUUUGGAACUGGAACUUGGUUGAAGGCUGAGGUAUUUGGACAUUUGGUAUUAAAUAUUUGGUAAUGAGAAGAACAUCAUACCCCAAAGACAUUAUAGCCCAAGACCAAACACAUUUUGGAAACUAAGGGCUAACUCAAUAGAGAGGACACCUCCACCAAGGCCUGACAGAUGCCAUAGAUUCAAUUAAGCUGCAUUCAAUUGCACCUACUCAUACUUAUCAGUCCCCUAAAUAUGUCUGAUUCUUUUCUUCACGAUCCAUAAAUUAUUUUUGGUAUAGGAAAUUGGUGAACCCGUCAAAAAAAAAUGUCGGCCUAUGUCCCAUCCUACCACCAAGUUUCGUAGGAAUCCGUUCCGACGUUUUUACGUGAUCUUGCUUAAAAACAAACAAACAAACAAACAGGGAUGAAAAUGUGUCCUUUCCAGCUCUGCCUCUACAUGUACAGAUAAUUAUUAAAUCUGUGUAAAAAAAGGGGAUGAGGAUCAAUUAUUGCUGAUUGUGUGCUGUAAAUAAGAUUUGCAUGUGUCUGUCUGUGUGUUUUGUGCACAAAAACAAGUGAUUUGUGUGAUUGUUGACUGUACCUUUUAAAACUUGAAAACAUGCCAUUGGAUAUUUGUAGUUUACUGUAACGUAAAAGAUAUUAGAAUCAUCAAAUAACCAGAAAAAUUUAAUUCGAUUUUGGAUUGUAGAAUAGCAGAAUAUGUGAGUUUUAAAUGCUUUCCGACGAUUGUCUGAAUUUACAGGCACUGUCCUGUGUAAAAAACCUAACAUACCUGGUUCCACAGGAAGAACAAGGGUUGAACUAAGAGUUGUUUUACUUUGCUCUUUGUAUUAUGUCUGUUAAUAUAUGUCACAUCAGAUUUUAAGCAGCACUGAAACACGUACAAUUUGUCAUUGUUUAUUUGACAGGGAUUUGUGGGUCUAUCUCGGGACAUUUAGACAGAUCUUAAACAAGCUUUGUUGAGACUGAACGUUUCGGAAGCAAAGGAAAGGAUUCCAGUUUCUACCUCCAACAGAGUCACAUGAAUGUCAUCUCACCUUUGUACAUAUUUAUUCAUAAGCUGUUGAACAUGUUUUAAAUAAAAGGAUAAAAGUU